AGUUCAUCUUGCUUCCCCAUCUCCCGCCAACCUCUGUAUUCGAACCCGUCUUCUCUCUAUCCCUCCCUCCGUCUCUGUGCGAUUAAAUGACCCAAAAGAAACCCAAUUCUUGAACUCAGAUUGACCAAGAUAAACCAUUCUUGAAUUCAGAUUGGCCAAAAAGAGAGAAAAAAUCCAUUCUUGAAUCGCAGAAGUUGGGGCCGCAAGAAUCAACAAUGGAGAAUCCAUUCGUGGAUACCCGAGCGACUUCCAGUGCUGUGGAUUAUAUCGUUCUUUGGGACAAGGUUGAAAGAAUCGGGUACCGUCGUCUGACUCAUACUACUUCGCGGCCAACAAUCGGCGAAGACUCAGACUACUUCCCGGUGUACAAAGUCCACGAACUCCCCACCGUCUUCAAUGAUCUGAAAGGGACCGGCGAUUUCUCGUCCAUGAAGUUGAUUCCCAGAAGUUCACAACCCGGAUUCGUCAAGGAAAUCCUUUCAAGAAACAGAAACCUUCCCGAGGAUCAAGAGAAUCUCAUCAUCCCGGUGAUGGCCAACUUCGUGGAAAUGGACAGCGGUGACCUCUGCAUCGUCAUGCCGUUCUUCAGCCUCGGAUCUCUCCGGUCAGCCAUGGUGGCUAAGUUCCCCGGCGGGCUGCCGGAGGCCUGCAUCUCCGUUUCCCUGAGAUACGUCCUCAAGGCCCUCCGUUUCCUCCACGCCGCAGGGGCUGUCCACAGAGACGUCAGCGCGGGAGAGACCCGUGCAACAGAGACGUCGCGCUGGGCUUCGCGGCCACGCUCUACAACCUGCACAGUGCUGCAGAGUUUCAGUAUCCACCUUCUUCCUCCCUGCCCGCCACCAGGAUUUCUGACUGGGCAGCUGCCCCGGAGGAGUACAACUUCUUUGGAUUCCAAAGAGAGAACUAUAGCACCAAAGCCGACGUCUGGCUCGUGGGAAUCAUGGCGCUGGAGUUAGCCUACUGAGAGAUCGCCGUCCAGGACCGCGGAGCUCUGGAAACGAAAAUCAGGGCAAUAACAGAGACAAGAAGGCUUCCCAAGAAGCUCGGACCGGAGGUACAGCAGCAGCGCAGCGCAUCAAUCUCCAUCUCAUUAAUUAUUAUAUAGCGGAUGAAUUGAAUGAACUAUAUAUGCAGGUACAGUUCACAAAAACAUGGUGAAAUCACACCAUCAUCAAAAGGUCCAUGCGAAUCAUCAAAAGCUCAUCUAGUCACACAAGGUCUCCACCAGAGGUUAAAUCAGCGAGUUGGUUACCUUAUCGAUCCUCGAGGCCUCACAUUCUACAAAAUAAUCGAGCAGAUCGGAG